AUGUCGAUUUCGAGUACGGGGUCCUCUAUGGAUAGUCUCCGCAGUGCGUCUCCUGCACCGUCGAUCGAGUCAGUUCCCGACAGACUGGCACCCGCCGUGUUCGGACCGAUGGUGUGGGACAGUUCUGAGCUAGAUACCGACAAAUAUGUUGUGCAAUUGACCCGGGCCGAGAUCGAUCAAAUCCGUGCGGCUGUUAUUCACUUCAAGCUUACUCGUUUGCCGCGUGGUGCUAUCAAUCGCGAAACCUUUCCACUCAGCACCGAGCUAGCGGAAAGGCUCACUAAUAUCAGCGAUGAAAUCCACAGUGGUGCUGGUGUCUCUGUAUUGCGAGGACUCGAUACUGCUAAAUUCAAUGACGAAGAGGCAGUUAUCGCCUUUGCAGGGGUAUCAUCUUAUGUUGGCGCAAGUCGUGCAACUGAUUCCUACGCGAACCAGACAUUGAGCCAUGUCCGAGAUGCAACGCAUGACAGUGUGCCAGAAUGGGCUAAGGAUAUUGGACUCGCUGGAUCCAAGAUCACUUCCGCGAUGGAUUUCCAUAGCGACCGUUUCUCUGGAGACAUUCUCGCUCUCCAUGUCAGGAAUGACGGAGGACCCGGCAAUGGCGGAGACCAGCAUAUUGUUAGUGUUGCAAAGAUCUACAACGAGAUCCUGCAGCGAGAUCCCGCUGUUCUAGAGACAAUGGCAACCCCAGAUUGGCCAUUCGAGUUGAAGCAAAAGAACAGCAAGCCGUACCUCGAGCUCGGUCCUACGCUAUUCUUCUCCAAAGGAAAGCCGAUUCUACAACUAGUGAAAGCACCACUUCUCGGUAGUCCUCGUAUUCCACGAGAUCCAUCAAUGCCGUCCCUUACAACUGAGCAAAUGCACGCCUUGGAAGUUGUCGAGGAGCUCGCCAGGAAAUUCAGCACUAAGAUUGACCGUCAAGUUGGAGACAUUCAGUUUAUCCAUAAUCUUAGCAUUCUGCAUGCGAGAUCUGCAUAUGGCGCAAACGGUCAGCGGAGCAGCCGUCACCUUCUACGCAUGUUUCUAAGAGACCCCGAGAGGAUGUGGGAGAAGCCUGCGACAUGCAGGAAUAAUUUCGACGAUCCUUUUGCGCCGGGAAGGCAUCAAGAGUUGCCAAUUCUCGACUUGGAUCCCUGGCGUAAGAUCAGCGGCCGUGAGAGCCACGGAUAG